AUGACAGCUACAAAAGCAGCACCAUCCGGACAUCAAGUCAAUGUCCUGUUCGUCUGCCUCGGGAACAUCUGCCGGUCUCCCAUGGCCGAAGGAGUCUUUCGGAACAUGGCUGCUUCCCAUCCUCUAAUUAACGAGAUCGAUUCCGCCGGCACUGGUGCUUACCAUACCCACGAACCCCCGGAUUCUCGCACCAUGUCUACUCUCCGCCAGCACGGUAUCAAGAACUACAACCACGCCGCCAGAAAGGUUACUAAGGAGGACUUCCUGACAUUCGACUAUCUCAUGGCUAUGGAUAAGUACAACUUGCGCGACCUCCUGGAUGUGCGCGAAUCUGUCAUCGCUUCCCUGAGCAAAUCUAAGAAGGGCACCCGCGCGGCGAGUGGAGAAGCGGGUGCUAAGGUUGCGGAGGUGCGGUUGUUUGGGGACUUUGGAGCCGGUGGAAAGUUGCAUGAACGUGUUGGGGGUGGUGAGGUGGUGCAGGACCCUUAUUAUGGGGGUGUUAAUGGGUUCGAGGAGGUUUAUCAGCAGGUGGUGAGGUUUUCGAAGGGCUUUUUAGAUUACCUGGAGAAGAACCAGGGUGGUGAGGAUGAUAACUGA